UUCCACUCUGACAACUCUACAACCCGACCCAACUUCAUGCAACCUCGGACGGCGCGAAACACUUGCCGGCCAACCAAACAUGUCCGGACAGCCAUGCCUGACGCGUCUUACGCCUCCAACUCGUGCUGGACUUGCCGGCAGAAGCGGGCCAAGUGCGAUAGACUCCUCCCAGCUUGUCUCCGCUGUUCCUCCCUGAAGCUGCGAUGCCAAGGCUAUGACCGGCCGAAGAAGCUUGUCUGGACCAAUAGCGUGGCCAGCAGGGGCAGAAUGAUGGGAAGAGCUACGUUCGGUACGAGCGAGUCGACAGAUAAGCUUGCGCUUGACAGGCCUACUCUCCCAAGGUCUGGGAUGCUGAAUCGCUUGGCGGAGACAAUGCAAGAUGCAUGCCGCUUCUCGGCUGAACUAUCAAGGCCGCUUAUAGACCCCGAUCUGCAGGACAUGUCUGAUGACUUCCGGAAUUACAUACGCUACUUCGACUUGGAAAUGUCGAAGGAGUGCGUGGUCUACUAUCAGACAUCCAGGAACCCCUUCUUGGCUUUGAUGCCACUCAUGACCAAGAGUCGGGCGCUGUCUCAUGCAGUAGUUGCGAUAUCCGCCUUUCACUACUCCCAUCGAAUGCUUAUCAACAAGGCGCAGCCCCCCUCAGGCGAACCUAGAGUUGUUGAUAUUGCCUCGCUGUAUGCGUCGCAUGACCACGACUGGCAGUUGACUCAACCAUGUUUCUCUCCAUCACUGCAGACAGCUCUGGCGCACAAGCAGAAGGCCUUGGAAUAUCUGAAGUCUGAGAUAGGUAUCCAGGACGUGACUAACAACGAUGCGGUGGUUGCAGCCAUCGUUCUCUUCGUAUGCAUGGACGUAGUGGAGUUCGGUAGCCGGGGUUGGGAGUACCAUCUGGAAGGCGCCGGGGAGAUUCUUCAGAAGCGCAGGAGGGCCCUAGAAAGUGGGCAUUACGAAUCUUCCCCCUGGCUGGAGUAUUUUGACACAGCCUACACGACAUUCGGAGUUCUGGGCGCAACGCUAGCACCGGCAAAGGGUUCUUUCUUCCAACGCCUCGAUUCACUAGAUCCAUUUCUUAUGCAAGCUCUGCGACAGUCCGAAACCCAAACCUGGGUUGGUUGUCCUGCCGAGCUACUCUACUUGAUUUCGGUUGUGAACUCGUUGCGCUCGGAUUCUUCAACUGUCACCGGACGGCUGGCCGUUAUUAGAGAGCUGUGCAACAGCUUACAGACCUUCUCGCCUCCAGUGUGGGCCACAGACUUCUCGGAUUCAAACUACCACGAAUCGCGCUCCCAUCUUGCAUAUGCCUAUAAGGCGGCAGUUGAAGUUUAUGCCUCUCAGGUUAUCGGAGUCGCUCCCGAAACUGACUAUUUGUCGAGACAGUAUCUCGAUGCAAAUAUCCCAUCUGCCAUACUCCACAUGUUGUCAAUACCCGCCCAGGACUUCCACGUCAAGAGUCUGGUAUGGCCAGCGUUCAUUCUCGGAGCAGAAGCGCAGACUAUCGAGCUCAGAAACAUGGUCCGAGCACUCUAUUGGGAUGUUUGGAUUUCCUCAUGCUGCUACAAUGUCAGAAACGCCAUCAACGUGCUGGAACGGCUGUGGGCACGGAGUGCGUUUGAAAGCGCGUCGAAAUCGUGGUUGCAGUACGUUUGGGAUCUGGAAGACAGCUGGUUGUUUCUCUAGUUAUGGGACUGGCCUCCAUACAGGUAGACCAUCGGAUCUCGGGGAUGACAGACAAGGGUCACGCUUGUUUGCAAGGCUUGUAGCCAAGAGGAGGCCGUGACGCGACCAAAUGCUGCAGGACGCUUAACCCCGGACGGAAGAAGCGGGUCGGCCGCGCUGCCAUCCCAAAACCGGGAGCCCGUGUGCAACCCCUCAAAUGAAG